AUGAGUCGGAGGUCGAAAUCGCCUGUUCGAAAUCAUGGAAGGGGCUCUCCUGGACAGCGCCUGCGUAGCGUUGAUUGGAAACGGGAAAAGCUUGUUAAGUUCGAGAAGGAUUUUUAUAAGGAGUCCUCAGCUGUUAAGAAUAGAAGCUCCAGGGAAAUUGAGAAAUUUCUUAAGGAAGCCCGAAUUACGGUUGACGGGAAGGACGUCCCAAGGCCAGUAUUUUCUUUCUCCGAGGCGGGUUUUCCGGAUAGCGUCAUUGAAGUAAUUGAGGAGAAUAAAUGGAAGGCUCCAACUCCUAUUCAGUCGCAGGGAUGGCCUUUGGCUCUCAGUGGCAGAAAUGUUGUCGGUAUCGCUCAGACUGGUUCUGGAAAAACAGCCGCUUUUCUUCUACCAGCGAUUGUUCAUAUCAAAGCUCAGCCAGCGAUGAAGCGUCACGAUGGUCCCAUUGCGCUUAUCCUAGUAACUACUCGUGAGUUGGCGCAGCAAGUUGAGUCGGUUGCACGCGAUUUUUGCUCGAACUGCAGAUUACGUGUCGCAUGUCUCUACGGCGGUGCCCCAAAAAAGCCUCAACAGCGUGAUCUUGAACGGUAUCCUGAGGUUGUCAUUGCCACUCCUGGAAGACUACUAGAUUUUCUGGAGACUGGUGACACCAACCUGCGUCGUACUACCUACUUGGUUGUCGAUGAAGCUGAUCGAAUGUUGGACAUGGGCUUUGAGCCGUCGCUGCGUAGAAUCGUCUCUCAAGUACGCCCAGAUCGCCAAACACUCAUGUGGUCCGCAACAUGGCCGAAGGAAGUGAGAUCGCUUGCCAGGGAAUUUCUCGGAAAAUAUAUCCAGAUAAAUAUUGGCUCUGAGGAUCUACACGCAAACCACAAUAUCAAGCAAAAUGUGGAGGUUAUCAGAGAGUCAGAGAAGUAUGGCCGUUUGGUGGAGCUUCUGAAGGAUUUCGGCAGGUCAAAAGCAAUUGUCUUCGUGGAAACUAGGAGGAGAGCCGACGAACUGAUGUAUCGCUUGCGCGAUCGAGGUUUCAACGUUGCUGCCAUGCAUGGAAAUAAACAGCAGCGAGAAAGAGAGGCGAUCUUAGGAGAUUUUCGAAAUAGUAGAAUUACAACUCUGGUGGCCACGGAUAUAGCCGCAAGAGGACUUGAUAUAACGGACAUUCGGUACAUCGUGAACUACGACUACCCUACUCACGCAGAGGACUAUGUCCACAGGAUCGGAAGAACUGGAAGAAGCGAUAGGAAGGGGACAGCUUAUACAUUUUUCAACAAUGAUAACCCAAAAACGGCUCGACAACUGAUGAAAGUAUUGAAGGAAGCGAAACAGAAGAUUCCAUCUGAGCUAGAGGAUUUGUCCAGAGCCGUUGGUGGAUUCGGUCAAGGCGGUCGUAAGCGCGCAAUCCGUAGGUGGAGGAGGACUUCAUCUUCUCUUUCCCGCUCUUCCUCAAGGGGUCGAACUCGUCGGCGUUCGCGUAGUCGCUCUGAGAAGCGUCGUGACAGAAGUAUCGGGGCUUCCCACAAGAGGUCCAGAUCUGCCAGUUCUGUUGAUCGAAAAAGGAAGCAUCGCAGGUAUCGUCGGCACAGCAGUCCAAGAUCCCAGAGUCGUUCAUCUUCCAGUCGAUCAGUGAAGCGUCAUGAAAAGCGCUUACGUAGGAGUAGAUCUGAAUCGCGUCGGUCACUUGUCGUGGAACGUAAACGAAGACGACUGAAUAGCGAUGAAAGCCGUCGCCGAUCUUGGUCCCGAACUUCCCGCAAGUACUCUAAGCACCGUUCACGAUCGUCCGCUUCAGACAAACACUCACGAGGUCGAUCCCGUUCACUGAAAGGUCGGCGUCAUCGAAGAUCCAGCUCGCGUAGCGGCUCAUCGGUACAUUCACACAUGGCAAACGGUGCUAGGGAUCGACCAAGGGACUACAGUCCAUCAGCGGGUCGCUCACACUCGAGGAGGAAAAAGAAACAUGCACCCAGGUCUUCCAGUCGAUCUGCGAGUCGCUCUUCUGGAUCAGAAGCGCUGGGGUGGGAGGGUGGGUGGGGAGGCUACUGGCAUAGCCCGGAGGCCACGCCGCCCGAUGGACGUAUAAUGGUGGGGUCUUCAGUGCCACUCGGUCCCAAAUGA